AUGGCACCGUCCAAGACGAACAAAUCUGCACCAAAGGAUAAGAAGGAAUCUGCAAGGAAGGAGAAGAUCUUUCAUCCGCAGUCUCGAAAAGCUGGCCAACUCGCUCGAACUCAGCUUCGAAAGGACAAACUCGCCUCUGCUGCAUCAAAACGAGCCAAAAAGCACGCCUCACAUGUUGACCUCUAUGGAUUCUUCUACCAUGCGAUGCCUCCGACUGGGGUGUUUACUCUACAGGAGCUGCACGAAAUCAUCAGGGAUGUAUGGUUGACGAGGCAUGAUGCCGCAUUGGACCAAGAACGGGCGCAACGCCGCCCAGGCCGACCGAAGAGUACGGGAGAGCUGAAGCUGGAGGAGAUCAAGCUCCGAGAAACUGAGGAGUACCGGACGGGUAUGGAGGUCCCCGAUCUCACGGAUCCUGCGAAUGUUGCCCUGUUUCGGGCCUGGGACCAGGUUGAGUUCGCCUACAUUCAACUCCUCCGCUUCAUCCGCAUAUCCGGGGCCCACCCCGACAAAUUCAUCGUCACCAGACCCGGAAAACAUGUCACAUUGAAUGCUACACCGAGCGUCGCAGCAGCCGCGGGUGAAGUUCAGGAUGCGCCAAUGGAAGAUUCUGAGCAGAUUCGAUCACCUCCGAGCCGGACAAACUCCUUCCUCGCUGAACCCCCGGAACGGUUCUCCAGCACCAUAAUGUAUAUGGAUGGCUCCUGAUGCUCGAAUGUUUCGAGUCCGAGUACCAAUCGCGCGGAAGCUUCGCCUCCCGGAGCAAUCCACGGGAGCGACGUGGUCCGGAACGCUCACCGACCGAAUGACACUAUCACUAUUGGGUUGCUUAAUGAGCUCCGCAUGACCUUGUCACUGUAGACG